ACAAAGUGCACAGGAUAUUAAGGAUACAGCAAAUUUGUGCAAACAGUUAUACGAAAUACGAAAUAGAAAAGGAUAUUAGUGAGCGCUAUUUGCUUUGGCUAGUAAACGCCGUUGUGCCUUCAUACAUAAUCACCACUCUACUACUAAUGAGUUCACAAGAACCACACACACAAGUCAAAUACAGUGAAGUGAGUCCUUUUCAGAUAAGCGACGGAUUUUCACGCAGUACCAGAAUGGAGCCGGUCAAGACUAUAAGAAUUUUCAUGGCUGCUUUUGCGGCUAAUUUAUCAGCCUUUGCGGUGGGCACUUGCCUUGGUUGGACGUCACCAGUGGGGCCCAAGUUGAAAGCUGUAAAUCCUACAGAUUCGCCACUCGAUCAUCCCAUCACCACCGAGGACGAUGCAUGGAUUUCAUCCAUUUUGGCAUUGGGCGCCUUAGUAGCACCCUUCAUUGCUGGUCCACUUGCCGAUAAAAUUGGACGCAAAUGGGUACUUCUUUCGAGUUCGAUCUUCUUCGUUGUCGCCUAUGUUUUUAUGAUGCUCGCUAGCGAAGUGUGGAUGUUGCUGGUCGGUCGUCUCAUACAGGGCUUUGGCGUUGGUUUUGUCAUGACUGUGCAGCCAAUGUAUGUUGGUGAGAUUGCGACAGAUGCGGUACGCGGCGCCACCGGCUCACUCAUGCAGCUGUUCAUUGUGUCUGGCAUUCUAUAUGUUUACGCCGUCGGUGCUUAUGUCUCGUAUAUGACUUUGCAAUGGUGCUGUAUAGUUAUACCGAUUAUCUUCGACGUCAUCUUCUACUUCAUGCCUGAGAGUCCUUACUAUUAUGCCGGCAAAGGCCAGAAAUCGGAUGCUUUAAAUGCACUGCAAUUCUUGCGUGGUCAAAGCCCUGAUAUUGUACAAGACGAAAUGGCUAUUAUACAGGGAGAAGUAGAGGAGUCCAUGGCCAAUAAGGGUUCCGUUAUGGAUAUUGUUAAAAAUCCGGGCACACGCAAAGCUCUGAUCAUCUCUGCCGGUCUAAUCAUGUUCCAACAACUGUCGGGUAUCAACGUUGUGCUCUUCAACAGUCAAUCUAUCUUCGAAAGCGCCGACACCGGUUUGGAUUCAGCCAUUGCCAGCAUCAUUGUUGGUGGCGUGCAAGUUGGUUCAUCCGCUUUGACGCCUAUUAUUGCCGAUCGUUUGGGCCGCAAAGUCAUCUUACUAAUUUCGGCCUUUGGUAUGUGUGUCGGCUUGGCAGCAUUGGGUGCCUUCUUCUAUGUACAACAAGUUGUGGGUGAUGCAAGCAAUGUCACCUGGUUGCCAGUACCCGCUUUGGUGCUCUUCAAUAUUGUCUACUGCAUCGGAUUCGGUCCACUACCAUGGGCGGUGUUGGGUGAAAUGUUCCCAGCGAAUGUUAAGUCAAUCGCCUCCUCGAUUGUGGCAUCCACCUGCUGGAUUCUUGGAUUCGUAGUAACACGUUGGUAUCCAGCGCUGGACGCUUUGGGUUCAUACUACGCUUUUUGGUUGUUUGCCAUUUUCUGCAUUGUGGCCUUCUUCUUCACUCUUUUCGUGGUGAUGGAAACCAAGGGGCUGAGUCUUCAGGAAAUUCAAGACAGACUAAAUGGAAAGAAGCCAAACUAAGUUACUAGGGGGAUACUAUCUGGGGCGGAGACAUUUACAUCUGCAUGCUGUAAGAUAGCUUAUUUGUGAAUGUAUGUGUGCAUCCUCUCGUAUGCGCUUUGUUCCUCAUUGUAAUGGUGAUAGCCCCUUGUGGGGGCGUUGAUGAGUGAGAUGGUGUGGUGUGGGGUCCUGAAUCAAAUCGCUUCAAAAGUAUUUUUGUCGCAUAUCUAAUGUAAUCUUUAAAGUAUUUCUAGUCUGUAAGCAAUUUUAGUUAAAUUUAUUGAAUAAAUUUAAAGCUGAAUAUUUAUAAAGGAAUAAAAUGAAAACGAUAUUAUAUUUAUCAAUUAAUACGAGGGUGAAACCUCUAAUUGUUAAUGCCUAAUCUAAGUUUGAUGUAUGAUAAUUGACUAUAUAAUAUAAGUAAACAUAAUAACAAUAAUAAUAAAUACGAAUCUAUACUAAUAUUAUAAAGAGGAAAA